AAAGCGUCGCGACCGGCUGCGGUCACACACCACAAACAUCGUGAAUCAAUUCCCAUCAGUUGUUUGAAAUCAAAGUGAAAGUUGAAGUGAAAAAGUUUGAAAUUCAUUUUUGGCAUCAAAAUGGCCCCCCUCAGCGAACAGGACAUGAAGAAAUGGCGAGCGGUGGCCGGUUUGAACGUCAUUCUUGGCUCAAUCGUCGCAAUUGUUCAGGUGGCCACUUUGAUUUCGCUUUACGAGUGGGUCGACUGGAUCGGCAUCGGCAUCUGGGGCGGAUGUUUCAUGAUAUCGGCCGGCACUCUCACCAUCCGAAGAAAUCCCAGGUUGAUUUCCAUGUCUAUUUGCGCUUUGCUGAGUGGACUGGCGUUAAUCAUCUUCUACGCCUGGAACCUCGGCGUCUAUAAUAAUCAAGAGGGUUAUUACUACAACUACUGCUACUCUUACGGUUAUUACGACGACAGUUUGUGUGAUUGGCGGAUGGCGUCCGACAUUAUUUUCAUCGUUUGCGGGAGCUUGGCCUUGAUUGUCAACCUGCUCUUGACUAUGAACGCAGAGGCGAUCGUCAUUGUCCGGCCGAUUGUCCGUUACCCAGUCAACCACGUCUACCCGAUCAGCACGAACAACACGACGUACAUGGUGACCAGCAACCAGCACCCAGCCGCCUACCCCAACCAGCAGACCGUCUACCAGGCGCCGGUCGUGACUUAUCCAUCAAACAACACGAACAACGGCGUCAUCUACCAGACGACAUCGCCCGGCUAUCCGCCCGUGAACAACCAACAGCAGCAGCAACCGGUGUACUACACUCAAAGCAAUCCGCCAACUUACAGCGCCACCACCAAUAACUAAAUAGAAACGACGAAUUCCAUUCUCUGUCGUGAUGACAGAGACAGCUCAUCCGGUUCCUGUUGUCCAUCACCACACGACUUACGUGACUCCCGAAUGCCACUUAUCCCAUCCCUUAUCAUCCCCAUCAGCAACAGCGGUGAUGCCCGCCGGCUACCCUCAUCCUCAGCAGCAGCCAGUCCAUUAUCCGGUUUAUCCAUCCCAACAUCAGAAUCCCCAUCAACCGGCUUACAAUCCCGGAUAUCCGGUGCCAGGAGCCCCUCCAUAUUACAAGGAUUAGCAUAUGAUAUUAUUGUG